GUUUUAUUUGGUCGCGGUUCGGUUUAAUUUGAUUCGGUUUUCGGUUUUUCGUACUCAGUCCUAGCUGCAGCUUCAACAUCGGCGCCCACUCUCUUUCCGGAGCAGCCAACCCUCUCCGGCGUAACCAUGUCACCUGGGCUAUCUUCUUCGUGACUUCCGCUACCUCCAUUAAAUUCAUACAGCCUUUUUAACAUGCCAGAGUCAUUUACUUGGACACCUACAAUCGCCACGUUGCCGCCUCCUUCACUGCAGACGCCAUCAGCGUCGUCAGCUCGUGCGUCAUCAUCACUACCUGUGUUUUCGGGCCUGACGUGGGCUGGUCAUCCGCACAUCGCCACGUUGGACCCGCCGCCCCUUAUGCACAUGGCCUCUUCCAUGGUAACUCCCAGCCCUCUAGCAAAUCUCUCCUCUCACCACGGGGUUGAGGAUUAUCUUUCGUGGCAUAAACAAUUUGAAUCUUUUUUGGUGUCUCAUGGCUUGUUGGGAAUUCCGCUGUUCAGGGUCGGUCUUGAUAAUUUAUAGGCCCGGGACAAAAGGCAAAAAAUAGGCCCCUAAUUAUAUAUUAGUAUGAUGUAAGAAUAUAUUACAAAAGUUUCAUUCUCAAAAAUAAAAUUCGUUACACAAGUAAAUGUUUUUGUUCAUAGAACUACUCGGUAUCAUAGGUCAU